AUGUCAAUCCCCGCCCUCGCCGAUGCCGAGCUCCAGGAGGUGCUUGCGUUCACCGUCGCGCUCGCGCGCAAGGCCGGAGAGCUCAUCCUCGAAGGAUCGGCCGUCAUUCGCGCGACAGGUGCGGUCGACGAGAAGAAGAACGCGGUCGAUCUCGUCACCGAGUACGACCGUCGCGUAGAGGAGCUCGUCGUUGCCGAGAUCAAGGCGCGCUACCCCGGCUUCAAGUUCAUCGGCGAAGAGACCUCCAGCGCGCGCGCCCCGAUGACCGAAGAGCCCACGUUCUGCGUCGACCCCAUUGACGGCACGACGAACUUCGUGCACGGCUUCCCGCACGUCUGCAUCUCCCUCGGGCUCAUCCUCGGCAAGCGCCCCGUCCUCGGCGUGAUCUACAACCCCUUCCUCGACGAGCUCUACACCGGCCUCCGCGGUCACGGCGCCUUCCUCGCGCACCCCGCCACGCGCCCCGCCCUCGCGCCCGCACGGCUCCCGCUCAGCGCGCCGCGCCCGUUCCCGAACCUGCAGGGCGCCCUGCUGGGGGUCGAGUGGGGGUCCGACCGCAGCGCGCCGCUGAUGGACAAGAAGGCGGCGAGCUUCACGCGGCUGGGGGGCAACCCCGCGGAGGGCGUCGCGGGGGGCAAGAUGGCGCACUCACUGCGGAGCGUGGGCAGCGCCGCGCUCAACUAUGGCCUGGUCGCCCAGGGCGGGCUGGACGUGUACUGGGAGAUCGGGUGCUGGCCUUGGGACAUCUGUGCCGGUGCGAUCAUCGCGCAAGAGGCGGGCUGCCUUGUCGCUGGAAAGCACGGCGCGCCCUUGGACAACGACGUUGACGAGGAGAUCCUAUGGGGCCGCAAGUACAUCGUCAUUCGUGCCAUCGGGGACAGUCCGACGGAGAAGGGUGUCGACGCGCAGAAGAGGCUGGUGAGGGAGUUCUAUGACACCGUCGAGGACUUUGACCCUCCGGCCCCCAAAGCAUGA